GUAUUCCCACUGGGCUUAAAGCCCAUACAUCAAAUUAUUAAUUAAAAAAAGAAAAACCAUUAACCCUAGCACUAUAAAAGUCUGUAAAACCCUAACAACCCUGCAGCUCUAGCUUGGUGACGCGCGUUUCCUCGUUGUUUCAGAUUCACAGCACCUCAAAGGAAGAAGAAGAAAGAAGAAGAAAAAAUGAAGGUUAUAGCAGCAUAUUUGUUGGCUGUUUUGGGAGGGAACACCAGCCCUUCAGCUGAGAACUUGAAGGACAUUCUUGGAUCCGUUGGAGCUGAAGUUGAUGAUGAUAAAAUUGAGCUUCUCUUGUCUGAAGUCAAGGGUAAAGAUAUAACUGAGCUUAUUGCAUCUGGAAGAGAGAAAUUGGCAUCUGUGCCUUCUGGUGGUGGUGGUGGUGCUGUUGCAGUUGCCGCAACAGGGGGUGGUGGUGGUGCAGCUGCUGCUCCUGCUGCAGCUGAGGCAAAGAAAGAGGAAAAGGUGGAAGAGAAAGAGGAAUCAGAUGAUGAUAUGGGCUUCAGUCUCUUUGAUUGAGGAAUUAGGAUAUCAAGUUACUUUUGUUUCAAGAUUUCUCCAAUUCAGGACUUUGUAGAACUUAAGAGUUUGUCUCUACAGGCUGUCAUUUUUGGUUGUUUCCCAUUUAAGACACGGAGAUUGAUAACCAUGCUGUGUUAAAAAAUUGUCUGGAUUUUGUCUUUUCAAUUUGCGAUGUUCCUUGA